ACUAAAAGUAUAAUAUUUAAGUACAUAAAUUGUAACAAAAUAUUGAUGUAAAAAGAAAAAUAAUUCACCGUCGUAAACGAAAACAAAUAAUAAUUAUUAUGUGGCUCUUUACAUUAACUUUUAUCGGCCUCAUAUACAAUUUGCACGGUCCAAACGUAUGCCAAUUCUCAUGUAAUGAUGGCGGAUGUAUGUAUACCGAUAAGGGUGGUGUUAACAAAGGAUGCGACUGCAUAAUUUCCCAGGGAAUCCAGACCGGAAAGGAAUGUGAAUCGUAUGUGGACGCGUGUAAGAAGAAAUCACCGUGCUUAAACAACGGUACAUGUAUCUCGUCUAUGGGAUUUUUUUAUUGCGAUUGUCCAGAUCAUUAUUACGGACAGAAAUGCAAUCUUAACAGUAAUCAAACGAAUGAUGCCUAUAUGAAGAAACCAAGUCUGUACUUUCGAAGAAAAAUUAGACUAGGAGAAAAAACCAAUAUGUAUUUUGUUAUUGAAAAAUAUGUCGAGCACCAUUACUCAACGCAAUUCUCUAGACAAAAUUAUUUUAUACAAAAUAGUGAAAAUUUUACAAUAACAACGGAUUUAUUGUAUAAAUAUUGUUUGAUAGAAGGUGAGGAAAAUUUUCCAAUGAAUAAAAAUAUGUGUGACUUUGCCAAAACUACUUAUGGUAAUUCAACAGUUUCUGCUACGGUAAUUGGUUAUACGUUAUACAAGACAAAGAAUGGAAGAGAGGAUAUUUAUUUCAACAAAGAUAAGAACGAAGGCAGAAUGGGUGGUUCAUAUCAGGUAGUAUUAAAGGUUUAUGAAAAAAAGGAAAAUUUGGAUUCACCACCAAUACUAUUUCAGUACCAAUAUAAUCAUUUGCUUGUUGAUGACAAUUCGUCUUACUGUUUACCAUUUUUAGACUCUGGAAAAGACUGUGGAACUAUGGGGUCACCACUUUCAAUAAGAAGAAACGAAAGCAAAAUUAUAAAAAUGGAAAUAAUUCCAGACACUGAAGUGUGUGAACGUUAUGAUUCCAUUACUUACACUUACGAAUGGAUAAUAUUUAUCGUUCCAUUAAUAAUACCCUUUCUUGCAGAUUCUCAUUUAAAGAAUAAUACAAAUAAAGUUACCGAUAUUGACCAUGAAAUUUUGACCAAUAAGGAAUUGGUGAUUCCUCGAUACACUUUAGCUGAGGGGCCUAAAACUUUACUAUUUCAAUUAAAAGUUAAAGACAAAGGAAAUAGUUUAGUGGACAAUAAACCAAACAUGAAUAUGUGUUAUGUAAAUAUAACUAUCGAUGGAUUACACGCUGAAAUCGUUGGCAGUCCUGUGAGGAAUGUUAGUAGUUCCUAUUUGAUUACUUUGGAUGCAUCACUAUCAUACAAUCCCAACGAACCAAGCCAUAAACAAGACCAAGACAUACAUUAUAUAUGGCGUUGUGACGUAGAAGCGGACAAUGUCAAUUGUAAAGAGCACACGAGCACUAGUCGCACACGCCAACUUCCAGGGCUAUUGGACAAAGCAAAAAAGUACGUGUUCAAGUUGAUUACACGAGUAAGCGACGAGUACGCCAAACGCGUCGGGAAACCAAAAGAUGGAACUGCAGAAAUAAUAUUGUUACCAAAAGCGAUUUCCUUAGAUAUCAGUAUUAAAUGUGUGAAAAAUUGUAGACAUUUAUCGAGGCCAUCAGAAAUUUUUUAUUUAAUGGCCCAAACCAAAAGUAAUAUAAAUUGCUCACUUGAAUGGUAUUACAAAGAAAAUUCAGAAGCUAAGUUCAUUUCGGCAAAAAAAAUAAGGGAACUUGAUACACCUUCUCACAUUUUUAUAUCAAUAAAAAGUUCGCUGGACUACAAUAAAGUAUACACGUUUAAAGUAAAAGACUCUAUUUCCGACCAAGAAAGCUCUACAAUUAUUAGAACAGAAGCUAAACCAAUAUCAGGAAAUUGUCAAUUAAUACCUGCCUCGGGAAUGGCUGGGAAGACGCUUUUCAAUUUAACUUGUUCAAAAUAUCUAAAUAAUGAUGUAUUAUCUUACUAUUAUUAUGAAUGGUAUGAAAACGUUAACGACCGAAGCGAAUUAAGUUUACUUAUGGACUGGGGAUCUAAUGCAUUAAGUAAUAUUAUACUACCAACGUCCGGUAAAAUAGGUGUCUUAGCUAUUAAUUCAUUUAAAACUUAUGCAUACUUCAAUAUAAGUGUCCAAAUAUUUAAAAGCAAUGAUAGCGAAUUGGUUAAGAUGUUCAAAAGGAUGAAAGUCGAAAUGAAGAACGGUUAUACGUCAGCAACAAUACGAAUAUUAUCAUUAAUUUGCGAUGUACUUCUUGAUACUAGAAAAGCAGAUGGGUUUUCUAUUUUAUUGAACACUUUGUCUAAGAUUCGAUCAAAAAAGUGUAUUUCAUGUAUCGAACAAACGGCAUUAGCUCUAACUAAAGUCGUGUACACGUGUUCUGUUGUCAAUGACCAUAAAAUAAAAUCUGCUGAUGCACUGGCAAUAUCCUCAAAUCUUUUACACAUCGCGAGCAAUCUGUUCGAAUAUUUGAAAACCCUACAAAGCGAUGCUAUUAGAGGAGAGACAGAAGAACGAAUUGAACGGAUCUAUAAUUGCCUGAAGAUCAUUAUUGACGUCUUGAUUAAAGAUACUGACCCGGUAAUUAACAAUCAUAAUAGUUCAAAUGCCAUGCGAUAUUUUUGGUCGUCUUUGAACAACAUGGUCUUAUUAACACAAAACAUUGAACUUACACUAACGAUUUUCGGUGAAUCGAUUUUAUUACAUCAAUUUUUAUUUGAAAAACCGAAAAUUUACGAGAGUACAGAAUUGUAUUUUUGGUCAAAUAUCCUUGACGCCGAUAAGUUAAAGAAACAAAAUAAUACUUUCAGUUCCACAUUAGUUGAAGAGUUAUUGUCAGAUAAAAGACAAGCGUGGGGGCUUAAAAUAUUUGAAAUAGAUAAAAAACUAGCGAUAUGGACCCAUACUAAAAACUAUUCGAAUGAAGUUAAUUCAAAUAUAAAGUAUCUUGCAUUGUCGUCCUACGAUCAACCGAUAAAUGGAAAAUAUUUAGGGCUAAUUCAUGAAUUUAUUUCACCGGUUUUGAUAACUUUUAAUAUCACUAAAACUAUGCGUAUAUUCAAUAAUUAUAAAACAUAUACAAUAGUUGUACCUGCUGCCGGUUCUAAGCAAAUUGAGAUUGACAAGGCUAUACAUGUGUUCAGAUUUGAUAUGACUGAGAUUGGAGCGAUUACCGUAACGAUUAAAGAUUCUUCACGCAGUUUAUUGGUCGCAUGGACUAGGGAUCGAAGACCAGAUUCGGAACUAAUGGCAGAUGAACAAUACACGACUAAAAUAUCGGCAGGCGACAAUUGUCAGAUUACAUUUCAAACGAACAAAGACUACCAAAACUAUAUACAUUAUAUUGGUAUAUUUGUAGAUACAACGGCUAAUGACUAUUCAACGCCAAAUAAUUUGGACGAAAUAAAAUUUAAGAUGAAUAUGGUUUGUAUGCAAUGCCUAUAUUGGAAGGAUGGUGCUUGGUCAUCCAAAGGGUUGGAGAUAGGUCAUAAUAGUUCUGUUGAUGGAAAUGUACAAUGUUAUGCUUAUCAUUUGUCUAUGUUCAAAAGUUCAAUUUUUGUGAUACCUGACCUAAUAAAUCCAUUUGAUGAAAUUCAUUUAUUUUCGACUAUAGCAAAUAAUAUGGUUUGCCUAAUACUGGUGUCGAUAAUUUUUAUCUUAUAUUUUGUCUUGCUGUAUUGGUCCAGUGUUAAUGACAAAAAUGAUAUAUUCAAGAACCGUGUAAUAAUUCUUGACGACAACCAUAUGGGAGAAGAUGAAGUAUAUUUAGUGACCGUAUAUACGGGACAUUGGCUGGGUUCUGGAACUUCAGCUAAUGUAUGCAUUGAAUUGAAUGGAACCAUUUGUAAAAGUAGACCUCAUUGGCUCCAUAGUUUGGAUGAUUACCCAACGAUGCAGCGUUCCAAUGACGACUGGUUCAUUAUUUUUACACCUCAGAGCCUAGGAGAACUUCAAUCCAUUCAUAUUUGGCAUGACAAUUAUGGCACAAAUCCUGAUUGGUACUGUCAAGAAAUCAUAGUGACAGAGGUACGUAGUAAUAAACUUUGGGUAUUUGAAGUCGAACAAUGGUUUUCAAUUCGUGAACCUACGAAAAAUAUUGAACACACGGUUUAUGCCUCAAAUUCACAAAAUAACUGGACAAAAAAAACUAAAAAAUAUGUUGAAAUGGGAAUACGAGAGAAUCAUUUGUGGGCAAGUGUGUUUAUACGUCAUCCGAGGUCUCCUAUAACCAGAUGCCAGAGGCUUAGUGUUAUACUGUGUAGCAUUUUAUGUUUAAUGUUAUCCAGUAUGAUGUUCUACGAAAAAGUUCACACAAACGAAGAAAACUUUCAAAAAUUCGAAUUGAAAUUAAGAGAAAUUAUAAUAGCUAUACAAAGCGGUAUAGUCCAGUACUUAUUAACGUUUGGAGUGCAUAAAUGUUUUCGAAAAGGUAGACUAGUUCAGUUAAAUAAAAUAAAGCACAACACAGGACGGCAAGAAACGCAAAUGUCUGAUAAUGAACAUCAAUCAACUUCGAAAAAAGCGUUCGUUUUUAUCAUUGAGCGUUUGGUUGAAAAUAAAUUAUAUUAUCCAGUUCAUACUGAAAUGAUAACGGAAAUAAGUCAAUGGAAUUAUUGGUUUAUAAUUGGAUGGUCUUGUUGCAUUAUAGUUUAUGUGAUAACAGUGUUUUUCAUAAUUUUAUACGGUUUAAAAUUUGGUCGAGUAAAAAGUCUCUGUUGGCUUACAUCGAUAACAAUUGGAAUUCUUCAAGGAGUUGUGGUUUCGACACCGUUUAAGAUCGUAUUGAUGAGUGCAGUCAUUGCAACAUAUGAUUCAAGAACAGUGGACCAAUUUAUGACGUUUAGAUAUUAUUUGACAUUACACAAGUACAGGAAUAAAACGCAAACGCUUUUACAAGACGUAGAGUAUGUGAGGGCGAUUAGAAAUUACCGAAGACGAAGAUAUUUCUACGAACCAUUGACCAGAAAAACGGCGGAAAUUUUAAGAGAGCGAAGAAACCUAAUAGCUGAUCGUAAUAACGCAAUUACGGACGGAGUCAUUUGUAUAGUUUUGAUAUUAACAUCUUUGGGUUUUCUUCACAAUCUGAAAGUGUUUAAUAAUAGAAAUGAUAAAUAUCGAACCAACCAAAUGGUAUCCGUAUACUUGGAACGAGGGUUUACGUCAAACAAUCGACGAAUUAAUUUGAACGAUUUAAAAAAUGUCUUAUUGCUUAAGUUAUUAAAAUCAUUACAUUCGUUGGAACUAUACAAUGGCGUUCCAAUUUCCAACAACACAAUGGAUACAAUAAAAUACGACAAAAGAGGGUGGUUUGGUCUAUACAACAGUAGGCUGGUCGGCGGGGGCGUUAGAUUCAGACAAAAACGGAUAAAUAUGAACGGUGAGAUUGACCACAGAAAUUACGGCGCCGGUUGGACAGAAUACAACGAUAAUGAUAUGCCAAACAAUCCAUGGACAUAUUCUAAACCGGCGAACCUUAGGAACUUCCUGUUUUAUGAAAAUCGGAUGGCAUCAGAUGACGAUUCAGGUUAUGAAUUGCAUGUGACUGGAGGUUUAAUUAAUGGAAAAUUGACUAUCGACGAAUACGCCAAACAAAAAUGGUUGGAUGCGAGGGUCAGACGAUUUUACGUGAGAUUUCAGAUCUACACCCCUGAUGUGGAUUUGAUAACCGUGAUCGAAAUACGCGUGUCGACUGGCUGUGGACUUACGUAUACGAUUAUUACUGACGUGGUACAAACGGUACCAGCUAGUUCAGUGAUUGCGGAAUGGGACAUUUUUGCGUUCACGGUGACCGCGUCUGGUUUUCUGUUGAUAGCAGGUGUUGCAUGUCUGCUUGUGCGCAUAUUCCGAUGGUCUAUCUACCGGCGAUGGAUUCAGUGGUCCACAGCAUACGACGGACUACUGAUUACGUUGAUAACCGCUACGGUGGCUGCAUUUUACAAGCGCCUAACUGUCAUGGAACAAGCAACAACUGAGCUGUCUUCUGUUACCGAUGACGUGUACGUUGACUUAUGGCCGGCAUGCUAUAUGCACUCUGUUUGCACAUUCUUCACAACCAUUCUAAUGGCCGCAGCGCUACUAAAGAUCUCAAUAAUACUGUGGAGGGAACGUGGCUGGCCACGAAUGCGAACACAGUAACAAACUGUUGUGAAUUGUCGUUUAAGUUGUUGUUAUCGUAACACAUUAUUCGUUGUUUCCUGUAUAUUUAUCUCUGUAUUGUAUUUUAAUUCUUAAAAUAUAAAAUAAGUGAUUAAAAAAAAUCACAAUGAAAAUUUUAUCUUUUCUGUAAGUUCUAUCAAUCCCAAAGAAAUAUUCUGCUAUCGCUUGGAAGCAUUUUCAAGGAACUCCAAGUACCUCUGUCGUAAUAAUU